GAUGAUCGCAGGAUGAUCGGGAAUGGCUGAUGAUCCUCCUGAACUGAUGUAAACUGUUCUUAAACUGUCAGUACUGUGUGAUUGUUCUUAAACUUAUAAAAUAAGUGUUCGGAUUCCUACACCGUUCGAGAAAUUAUACAAAAUGACAUCAUUAUUCGAUCAACAGACUCAGGCGUCUCAAAGAUAUAAGGGACCAACUUCUACAAAUGUAGCCCCAGAAGCUAUAACAACUGGUUUUAUUCAUAUGAAGUUGGAGGAAGACACACCUAUUUUCACCAAACAAAAGGUUAACUUUGCACCAUCAGAUCGUAUUACACAUCUUUGUGUCAGCAAUGAGUUAUUAGUACUUGCAAUGGCAAAUGAUGUACUUCUGCGUAUUGAUUUGCGUCGACCUGAACAACCAGAAACAAUUGACCUGAGUCGCUACACCAGCUCUUUGCGUGUCAAUUCUCUUUUCGUUGAUCCCCUUGGCCUGCAUGUUCUGAUCAGCCUCUCAGGAAAAAGUGGUGAUGCAGAGUUACUCUACUUAGCCAGAAAGGCAGUAAAACCCAAAUCAGCCAGCAAAUUGAAAGGACAUGAGGUUACUGCUGUUGGUUGGAAUUUUGGUAAUGAGAGUGAAAGUAGCACAGGUCCAAUCCUUCUAGGGACAUCCCGAGGGUUAAUAUUUGAAACUGAACUUCUCUUAGAAGGAGAGCGUGUCUUCCCAUCUGGUUUGGAACAAUAUUGGCGACAAGUUUUUGAUAUUGGCAAAGGAGAACACAUGCCCAUCACAGGAUUGGAAUUUCAUCGGGUUCCAGGGUCGGAUACUUACUUUGUGCUUGUGACAACAGCCCAGAGGCUGUAUCAAUUUUGUGGCAGUGUGGGAAGUGUAGAUGAAAAACCUUUACUUCAGCAAAUUUUUAAUAAUUAUCUAGCUAUGCCAGAGGCCUAUCAAGACAUUCCCAGCAACUUGAAAUAUUCACAUCUGGAAUUUAGUUAUCAAGGUCACCGUGGCCCACCGAAAACUUUUGCGUGGCUCACUGAACCAGGAAUCUUCUAUUGCAAGGUUAUUCCUAGCCGUGCCCUUCAUGGUGACACAGUUCUGGCAGAUAGUCAAUUGGUGCGUUACCCCGUACCCGCCAGCGGAGCUCCAAUGUCAUUUGUACUCAGCCAUUUCCAUGCUUUACUGCUUUAUCCUGAUCAUGUUGUUGGUGUGUCAUUGUUAAAUCAAGAACCAGUCUUUGAAGACAUUUAUAGUGAGACUUAUGGAAAAUUAGUAAACAUUGCCAAGGAUCCUAUUAAGGGAACAAUUUGGGCCUUCACUGAAAAGGCAGUCUUCCGUUACAAAGUAACUCAGGAGGAACGCAAUGUUUGGAAGAUAUAUAUGGAACAAGGAGAGUUUGAGUUGGCCAAACAAUAUUGUCGAGACAAUCCUGCACAUCGUGAUCAAGUCCUUGUACGACAGGCUGGUGUCUUUUUCAAAGAAAAGCAGUAUGAGCAGAGUGCACUCCAUUAUGCUGAAACCCAAUGCUCGUUUGAAGAAGUAGCUCUUAAGUUCAUGCAAGUACGGGAGGUGGAAGCGCUGAAAACAUUCCUUAAGAAGAAACUGGAGGGACUGCGGCCGCAAGACAAGACACAAGUGACAAUGCUGGUCAUGUGGGUCCUGGAGCUGUGUCUAAAUCAGCUGGGAGAGUUACGUGAUGCUGGUGAAGUGCGAUCACCUCGGUAUCAGGAGUUGCAGCGACAUCUCUCUAGUUUUCUGGAGUGGCCUUCUGUGCUGGAGUGUGUGCGAAAUAACCGAAGCACUGUGUAUGAACUAAUGGCUAGUCAUGGUGAUAAAGAAAACCUUGUAAAAUUGACUCUAGUCAACAAAGAUUAUGAGAAGGUUGUGCCAUUGGAGGUGCUUCGCACACACGGCCGCAAAGAAUUGUUCUAUCAGUUUGCUCCUACUUUGAUGCAAGCUAUUCCUCGGCAAACAGUACAAGUACUCAUUGCUCAGGGACGCCAACUUAAUCCGGCUAAAUUGUUGCCAGCACUUGUAACAUGUGAACCUCAGCAGGCAAGUGAAGCUGUACGCUACCUUGAGUUCUGUGUGCAACAACUUGGGUGUCGACAACAGGCUGUUCAUAAUUAUCUCCUCUCUUUGUACGCCCGCUUGCAGCCUGAUCAGCUGAUGAGCUAUCUUGUCUCACAAGGGCAGGAUGCCAGUGUUGUGUGCUAUGACAUUCACUAUGCUCUCCGACUGUGCCGUGAGCUGGGCUUGGCUGAAGCGUGUGUGCGAUUGUCUGCUCUGCUGGGUCUGUGGGAGGCUGCUGUGGAGUUGGCAUUGCCUGUGAGUGUGGACCUAGCCAAACGCACUGCCCAAAUGCCACCAUCUGAUGACACUGAACUGCGGCGGAAAUUGUGGUUGAAGAUUGCGAAGCACGUGGUGGGCGAGCAGGAGGACGUGGGCCAGGCCAUGCGCUUCCUGCAGGAGAGCGAGCUGCUCAAGAUCGAGGACGUGCUGCCCUUCUUCCCGGACUUCACCACCAUCGACCACUUCCGCGACGCCAUCUGCAGCUCCUUGCAGGAAUACAACCAGCAUAUACAAGACUUGAAAGAAGAAAUGGAAGAAGCAACAAAGUCAGCAGAAGAAAUUCGGGACCAAAUACAGAAUUUCCGUAAUAGGUGCGCGCACGUGGGCGUGCAGGACGCGUGCGAGGCGUGCGGGCAGGCGCUGCUGCUGCGCGCCUUCUACCUGUUCCCGUGCGGCCACCGCCUGCACUCCGACUGCCUGCUGGCCGAGCUCACGCCGCUGCUCGGCGCCGCGGAGCGCGCGCGCCUCGGCGACCUGCAGCGACAGUUAGUUACAAUGUCUGGACGUGAUGACACAGUGUCCUUGGGAUCAGCUAGCAUGUCUGCUCGAGACCAAGUCAAAGCAGAAAUUGAUGAUCUGGUUGCGUCUGAGUGCUUGUACUGUGGUGAACGCAUGAUUAGGUCAAUUGAUAAACCCUUUAUUGACGAUGAAGACUAUGAUCGAGUCAUGAAAGACUGGGAAUAAUGAUCGUUUUUCAAAGUUUGUAUGAUUUUUUUUUUAUUUUGUAAAUAAUAUGAAUAGUUGUUCAUAAUUUUUGUUUAAAAGAUGUUCUUUUUCUUACAUUAAAAAUAAACCUGCUGUUUCCAUAGGGUGUGUUGUUAUUGAAAAUAGUAUUGCAGUGAAAUGACUUAAGCAUUGUGAUAAACAUUUAUGCUUACCAACUCUUGAGAAGCAGAAUUCAGAUUUCACUCAAUGAGGAAUUUGAGAUGGACAACAAAAACGUAUGAUUAAAAGGGACAAUAUUUUUACUCCAUUUAGUCCAGCUAAGGACCAUAUGCCAAUUUGGAUUCCCUUCAGCUGUUUUCCUUUUUAAAUGUACAAAUGCAAUGUUAGUUCCACAUAAAAUUAAUUUUUUCACUAGUUUUACAAUUACAGGGGAAUCUCAUUAGGAUGUUCCUCAUUACCAUGUUUUCCCACUAAGCACACCCAUAUUAUUAAGUCCUGUUUCAAAUUCUGUUAAACUACUCAUUUGACAAUCCUGUGUAACGUGUGUAAAGUUUUAUGGUAACAUUGUCCACAAUUCUCAUGUAUUCUGUUUUACUAGGAAUCAUAAGUGUAUAUAGUUUCUAAGAUACUUUGGGAGUACUUUCAGACUUUCUGGCCAUUUACGACUUACUUACGUUACUUACGACUGCUGGAUUCCAGAGCCAUGGAACCUUGUUCAACUUGUCUAACUAUCUUCACUCUUUGUAUUGUGACUUGUUAUUCUGGGUUACUUUAAAUUAGAUAGUCCAAGAGUGAUGUUUUUUUUCCUAAAUAUUUUAUUCGAAAGACAAAGGGUCAUCUUAAUUUCACACUUUAAACAUAGUUGCUUAGGAUUGAGAUUUUUACUUGCUUGAUGCGGAACUCGAAUGCUGAUGGGAAUAAACUGCAAAGGCAAUAAAUAUGGCACGUAUCUAUAAUACCUAAUUAUUUGGAGGUGCAUUUUCUUCACCUAAAACAUUGCCAAAAAUGAUCAAUAAAUUGCUCUUAAAAUGUCCUACAAACAAAGAAAAACUACUUAAAAC